GGGUUCUCAAUGUUUGUCGCGCGUGUACACAGUACAGGCCUUGGAAUAGGAUUUUAAUACAGCCACAGGCUGCAGAUCUUUCUGUUAUACAGCCGCCCCUGCUCACACAUACGUUAGCUGCAAUGUUAUCAGUUGCUUGAUAAAGCAAUUUGGAAAGCUGUUUAGGAAAAAUUAUAAUCAGUUAAAGGUUUGUUUGCCGAAAACAACCGAGGCCUAACCAUGGCACCAGUUCCGGAAAAUAUUGUCACUUUGGUAGAGAAGUAUAUACACGAAAAUGCGGUUAUGAUAUUCUCAAAAAGCUACUGUCCCUUUUGCAAAAAGGUUAAAGAACUGUUUACAUCCCUUGGAAUACAGUUUACUGCAUUAGAGCUAGACAAAGAAGCCAAUGGGGAUGCAAUACAGAAUGCUCUUGCAGAGAAGACUGGCCAAAAAACAGUACCAAAUGUUUUUGCCAAAGGAACUCAUAUUGGUGGGGCUGACAAUGUUGUAACAAUGCAUAAUCAAGGACAACUAUGGCCAAUGGUUAGAGAUGACAAAUAUGAGUAUGAUUUGCUUGUCAUUGGUGGAGGGUCAGGAGGUUUAGCUUGCUCCAAGGAAGCUGCUGCCUUAGGAGCAAAAGUUGCAGUUUGUGAUUUUGUGAAGCCAACACCUAAAGGAACCUCUUGGGGGCUUGGAGGAACUUGUGUGAAUGUUGGCUGCAUCCCCAAGAAGUUGAUGCACCAGGCUGCUUUGUUAGGUGAAGCUGUCAAAGAUGCUCGAAAAUUUGGCUGGGAGUUUUCAGAACAAGUGAACCACAGCUGGGCUAAAAUGACUGAAGCGGUACAGAAUCACAUUGGCUCUCUGAAUUGGAACUACAGGGUUCAGUUGAGAGAAAAAUCUGUCAAGUAUUUGAAUGCUUACGCUGAAUUGGUUGACAAUCACACUGUCAAGAUGGUUGACAAGAAAGGCAAGGAACAGAUUGCAACUGCUAAUAAAAUUGUAAUUGCUACAGGCGAAAGACCUCGAUAUCCAGAUGUCAAGUGUGCAAAGGACUAUGGGAUAACAAGUGACGAUGUUUUCUCGUUGCCCUAUUGCCCUGGUAAGACGUUAGUCGUUGGCGCAUCUUACGUUGCUUUGGAGUGCGCAGGAUUUCUCAAGGGAAUCGGCCUGGAUGUCUCUGUCAUGGUCAGGUCAAUUCUGUUGCGUGGUUUUGACCAGGAUAUGGCAAACAAAGUUGGAAAUUAUAUGGAAAAGCAUGGUGUAAAAUUUCUUCGACAAUUUUUGCCAACAAAUAUCGAGAAAUUAGAAGAUGGAACUCCACCACGAUACAAAGUUACCUACAAACAUAUCGAAACUGGAGAAGUACGAUCGGAGGAAUUCAAUACGAUUUUGAUUGGUAUAGGACGAGAUCCUUGCACGUCAGGUAUUGGGUUGGAAAAAGUUGGCGUAAAGCUGACCUCUAAAGGCAGAGUUUUUGUUGAUGACUUCGAGCAAACGAAUAUCCCGAACAUACAUGCGAUAGGCGAUAUCUUAGAGGGCAAGUUGCAGCUCACGCCUGUUGCCAUCCAAGCAGGAAGAUUGCUUGCACGACGAUUGUUUGGCGGAGGAACAGAAAAAACGGAUUACAUCAAUGUGCCUACGACUGUCUUCACGCCGCUUGAGUAUGGCUGCUGUGGUUUCUCUGAAGAGGAUGCCAUUUCGAAAUUUGGUGAAGACAAUAUUGAAGUUUACCAUACAAAUUUCUUUCCUUUGGAAUUUACCGUUGCAGAAAGAGAUAACAAUGACUGUUAUGCAAAAAUUAUCUGCAAUAAGGCGGACGAGGAAAGGGUCGUCGGUUUCCAUGUGCUGGGGCCUAACGCUGGUGAGGUUACCCAAGGUUUCGCAAUUGGCUUGAAACUUGGUGCCAAGAAAAAGGAUUUUAACAAUCUUAUUGGCAUUCACCCUACCAACGCUGAGGUAUUCACAACAAUGGAAACUACGAAGAGCUCCGGGAUGGAAACAGAAGUAGCUGGAUGCUGAGGGUAAUUCCUACCGCUGCAAUAAAGAAGGCAGUCGAAUUCCAAGCCGGAAAAGCAAGCUUUAAGUGUGUGUUUUGUGUUUUUUUGUUCUGUUUCGUGGCAUUAUUGGUCUUUUCCAACCACCCAUCCCCUUGAUUCAUAGUUGUUUGAAUGCUAAAAAACUUGUGCAAAGAUGUUUUUCCUAUAUGAAAAUGCAAGCAGCUGCUUUUUAGCUAAGAAUGAAUGAUUUGACCUAAUGUGUCUGCUGUUGCCUGCUAGCUAAAGCCUUUAAUAAGACUUGAGUGCAGUUGGCUUUUUAACUAUUCAUGGUUUCCACUGCAAGUAUAUUCUGUAAGCCGACAAAAACAGACAGCGAUAAAUUGGUAUCAAACAGUCGUCCACUCGCUCUCUACUUUUCAUGAUUUUCUUUGGGUUGUCUUUCUUGGUCUUCAGCGAGAUACAAAAUCUAGAGUCUGUCCCUUCUAUCGUUUCCUAAAACAUAUGCAAUCUUCAGAAGCAACAUCUCUAAUGAGGCACCCAGGAGCCCAUGUUAACGAAAACUUUUCCCCCCAGUGGUACUUUCUCCAUUAUCUGUUACGUCGCCCUUUCUUUUAAUGUUUUUUGUUUGUUUUUUAUGUUCAUUGUUUUUAGGUUUUUUUCAUUUACUUUUUAAGUAAGCUAUCCGGUGUUAAGCGAAAUUCGAUCUGCCUUCAGCAGCGGUAGGGUAAUACCUGCACAAAGAUAUUCAUUAAAGAAAAGUUUCUUGUUCGAUGGUUUCCUUGCAGCAAGAUAAUGACGAUAUUGCCUUCACGUGCAGUUUUGCAUUAGGUGUUAUUUGAACGCUUUUCUUUGUGAAGAAAGUUUGCUCAUAUUGUUUAUCUAAUGUAGAAUAUACUUCCAAAGUUAUAGAUUUAGUUUUGAUAUCUACAUACUCGUAUUAAA